AUUAGCGCCGAGGACGGAUCACGCGCUCGCUCGCCCAAACCCCCUAUCCCCACUACUCCCAAACCAGAUUUCACUCGACACAACGCCAGUGAUAAUAAUAGUAAUGACCUCCCACCGACAACCAACUAUCUCAAAGCGGAAGAACGGGCGGACCUCAUUCGCAAGUCACGGAAACUGGCCCAGGUGUUUGGACAGACGCCUGGAGCCGGUGUUAUGCCGCAGCAGGAUUCAUGGGUCAGUUUCCUCGACUUGCCUUUGGGUCGUCACCUUCGUGGGUCCGCCUCUGUUUCAAACCCGCCUGUACCUGUACCUGUACCUCUUCCCGUCUGGCCGCCUCCUGAAGGUAACCCAGUACCUCACGGCCUUCAGGUCGGCGCCAUUCAACGCCUAUGACACCGGACGAGUUUUCCUUCCUCCAUGAUGCCGGAAGCGACUACAGAUCCAGCUGCUAUUCGAGGCAAGAGUAUAUCAUCCAAGUUGGAUCUCAGGAAGGAGAACCAUCAACUGAUGCUCGUAGCGACCGGCCUAAUGGAGACGACACCAAAUCUUUCAUCGACCUAUCUGAGGAAGAGUUGCCUGAUGAUGAUAUUUCGGCCAUCAUCUCACAUACCACUCCGAGCAAGGACCGGUCUCCAUCACCUUCAACUCGCUCCCUGUUUCAAUUCGAGCACUUAUCACCGGAGGAGCAGGCUGAAGACCUCAGAAGACGUAACAGGGAGAAGCUUGCGAAGCUCCAUCGCUUUUUAGGCUCUCGCAUUCCUACAGACCUCGUUCUUGGUUUAGAGGACCCUUUCCUUUCCUUACCACCUCCUCUCGACGUUCAAAUGGAUUCUACAGACGAAGUCACUCGCAAGGCUUGGCUCAGAAGACGUAGGAGCAGCUCCGUUGCAGCCUUCCCCCCCAACUGGUCCGACGAUCAUGACCGGGUCAAAGAGGACCUCAACGACAAGGAGAAGGCGAUCAACGUACGUCGAGCACAGAAAAUGGAAAAGAUGUUCGGCGUUGCACCGCCCCAAACGCUGUAUCAUACCCGACACGGUGCUUCCCCCUCUGGAUCCCUUGUAGGCCUAGGUGCCCCACCAAAGCCACGUCCAGCCAUCCCAGGCUCUAGUCCAAUGGCCUCUCCACCCUCAUCCCCGAAGAAUAUGAACCAAUCCCCCUACAAGAAUAAGACUAGGAAGGAGGAUCGGCCCGGCUCCUCCGAAUCUCUUACGCAUCUUCUCUCCAAAGGCAGCGACCAGUUCGAUGUCAACGAAGGUCCCUCAAGUCGCAUCAGACUUCGUGGCAGAAGCGGUUCACUCGUCUAUACCCAUUACCAACACUCUCUCAACUCGUUGGUCGAUAUCAUUGACAGGGAUGAUAGAGAAUCUCUUGCAGAGUUACAUGAAUACCUUAACGGCAGCGAGUCGCCUUCUCCCCCCUUGAAGGAGUUUACUCUCACCAGGGACCGUCGCACGUCGAUCGCCUCCAUCAAAUCGGAGCGACGACGCUCCCUCCCUACUCGUACUUCGAUGACCUCACUCGCAUCAGAGUACAGCAUAUCCGCUACCAUCGCUUCCCCCAAACCAGAAGUAACAGAUUUCCAGCUCCGUCGUCGCAGAGCCGCGAAACUGACAAACUUUUUCGGGGUGGACUACCGUGAUCUCAUCAGGGAUGUUUUGGAUAGUAUCGAGAACGGUUUAGAACACGAAAGGAAGAGGGGUACUAUCAACCCUGAAGAAGCAGAGGACUUGCUACAAAAACUCCGCGAAAUCAAGACGAAGCGUGAUGGUAUCUUUUGACUGCUAAUGAUCUCUUCUAUGCACCUUCCUCCAGUACACGGACGGUAUCUCAUGACACAUCAUCUUUCAUUCCAUCUUAUCGUUUUUAUCUCUCGUUU